UCAUUCCGCUUUAGCCAAGAAUUUGCCUUUUGCUUACUCAUUUAGUUAGUAUAUGUUCAAGCAUAAGUGUGCCUAAAUAAUAAUAAUUAAAUCCAUUUAUUAAUUAACAAAUCAUAAUAUUACUGAAAAUGUCUCUUACGUUGGUGUCCGGCUGAUUGAAAAGGAACCAGUCAUAAAAGAAUUUUUGGCCCUUUUUAUUGUGGUGUGAAAUACCCUCAAUGUGAAUCGAUUAAUAUUACCUUAAUUCUUUAACAUAACAUCCCAUCUACUUUUCCGUGAAAUAAAUAUUGACAAAAAAAUAAAAGCUAAUUAUGGAUAUUGAAUUACCAUAUAUGGCUGAGUAUGCUAAAUCGGGGCGAGCCAUUUGUAAAGGAUGUAAAUGUUCUAUCCCCAAAGAUAAUCUACGCAUUGCUGUGAUGAUUCAAUCUGCCUUUCAUGACGCAAAAGUGCCGAACUGGUUUCACAAAAGCUGUUUUCUUAAGUAUCAACGUCCUGGCUCUGUGGGAGUCAUACAAAAUUUUGGAAACCUUCGAUUUACUGAUCAAAAAGAAUUGACUGAUCUUAUUGAGGGAGUUAUACACGCCGAACCGGGACAAAAACGAUCCAAAUCAGCGAACCUGGUACUAAAAGAUUUUGGAAUCGAGUAUGCAAAAUCUAGCCGGUCGACAUGCCGCGGAUGUGAACAAAAAAUAAAUAAAGAUCAAGUUCGCCUACGCAAAACUGUGUAUGAUACUGAAGUUGGAAUGAAGUAUGGCGGCCAGCCUCUUUGGCAUCAUUUGGACUGUUUUGCUCAAUUGCGCACUGAGCUUGGGUGGUUUGAUUCUGGAGAAAAUAUGCUUGGUUAUACAAGUUUAAAGAGUAAAGACCAAAAAGAAAUUAAAAACAUUCUUCCUGCUAUUAAAUCUGAAGAAUUACCAGACGCCAAAAAAAUUAAAAUAGAAUUAGCAGACAAAACUGAUGGAAAUGAAGAACAUCUUUUGAAAAUUCAAAAUGAUACCUUUUUUAAGUUUCGCGAUGAACUUAAAAGCAUAAUAAAGAAAGCGGACAUUAAAAAACUUUUGGAGAUCAAUAAUGUACAGCCUAUAACUGGUGACUCUGAAAGGUUAUUAGAUCAAGCGGCAGAUUUACUUACUUUUGGUGCUAUCGAGUCUUGCUCUGAAUGCGCCAGCUCUCAAUUUAUUUUUAAUAGAAAUGGUUAUAUAUGUAACGGAAAUCUCUCUGAGUGGACCAAGUGCACUAAGUUGGUAGCAAAACCAACCAGAUCCGCAUGCCAAAUUACGAAAGAACUAAGAGAAAGGUAUCCGCUCUUAAAUUUAGUAAGAAAACUACCAUCAGAUCGCAUUAUUCAAAACUUUCCUCCCAGUGAAGGAACAUUCCUAAAAAAUUCAAGCAUGAAGGGGAACACUGAGGAAUUUGAUGGUCCGAAACUAACCCGUAAAAAACCUCCGCUACACAAUCAAAAUUUUUCAAUUAUAGGCUUGAAAGAUCAGCAAAAUGAGUUAAAGGUACGAAUAGAAAAAUUCGGUGGCAAAUGCGAAACAAAAAUAUCUGCAAACACAAUAGCAAUAAUAUCAACAGAGCUAGAAGUGAAUAAAAAAUCUAAACGUAUGCAGUCAGCACAGGAGCUUGGCAUACAUAUUGUACCUAUUGAGUAUUUGGAUUUUGUAGAAGCUGACCCAGAAGGAGCUAUUGAUUAUAUAAAAACCACAAGUAUUUGUAAUUGGGGAACAAAUCCAGCAGCAAAUAUUUCUCAAGCUAUGGAAAACAGUUCAAAAUUUAAAAGUAUAUAUAAAAAAUCUAUUCCAAUAUCAAGAACGUUUAAAGUAAAAGAUGGACUUGCCGUUGAUCCUGAAAGUGGGCUUGAGGAUAUCGCCCAUGUGUAUGUAGAGGGUAAAAGCAAUUACAAUAUUGUGCUUGGCUUGACUGACAUUCAGCGAAAUAAAAAUUCUUAUUACAAACUACAACUCUUGGAGGCAGAUAAAAUGUCAAAAUAUUGGAUUUUCCGAUCAUGGGGACGAAUUGGGACUAGUUUUGGAAGCUCAAAGAUUGAGGAGUUUGACACAAGUGACUCUGCCAAAAAAAAAUUUAAGGAAGUUUAUGCUGACAAAACUGGGAAUGAAUUCGAUAAACGACACAGUUUUGUUAACAUUGCUGGUUGUAUUUACCCAAUAGAAAUUCAAUAUGAUGAUGACCAAAAGUUGUUAAGAAAUAGCACACUUUUUAUUAAUUCUAAGUUAGACCCUUCUUCGCAAAAUUUAAUAAUGCUGAUGUUUGAUGUUGAUUCUUUGAAAAGAACAUUGAUGGAGUUUCAUAUUGAUAUGGAUAAAAUGCCGUUGGGAAAGCUUAGUGUCCAUCAGAUAAAAGCUGCGUAUAGCGUGAUAAAUGAAAUUUUUAAAUUAAUAGAAACAGGAACCACUAAUUCAAAACUUAUUGAUACUACAAAUAGAUUUUAUACGCUAGUUCCACAUAACUCUUGAGUUCAAUCUCCAAUAUUAAUUCAAACACACAAUCAAGUCCAAGACUUGCGCCAAAUGCUUGAUUCAUUGUCAGAGAUCGAAGUUGCUUACAGCUUAAUUAAAAGCGAAGAUGCCACUAAUAAUAUUAAUCCAGUAGAUCAUCAUUAUGAACAGCUAAAGGCUCAAUUAUACCCACUGGAUAAGAAAAGUGAAGAGUUUACCAUUCUAAGCCAAUAUGUUAAAAACACUCAUGCUGCUACACAUAGUUCGUAUGCUUUACGGAUUAUAGAUGUGUUCAAAGUAGCUCGUCAAGGAGAAGCAAGGCGUUACAAACCAUUUAAGAAGCUACAUAACAGAAAAUUAUUAUGGCAUGGAUCUCGUUUAACCAAUUUUGUUGGUAUUUUGUCGCACGGCUUAGAAAUUGCCCCUCCAGAAGCGCCACCAUCGGGCUAUAUGUUUGGCAAAGUUAUUUAUUUUGCUGAUAUGGUGUCAAAAUCAGCAAAUUAUUGUUGCACAAAUCAAGAUAACACAACUGGGCUAAUGCUUCUUUCUGAAGUAGUUUUGGGUGACAUGAUGGAAUGCACAUCAGCAAAAUACGUCAAAAAAUUACCAAAGGAUAAACAUAGCUGCUUUGGCCAUGGGCGCACAAUGCCAGAUCCCAGUGAAAGCUAUUUUAGAAAUGAUGGUGUUGAAAUACCAAUAGGCAAAGCAGUUACUGAUACAAAUUUGGAUUCAUCAUUAUUGUACAAUGAGUACAUAGUAUAUGAUGUUGCGCAGGUUAAUGUUCAGUAUUUGUUUCGCAUGGAAUUUAAGUAUAAUUAUUAAGUAAGUGUAAAGAAAACUAUUUUUCAUGUAGUUAAUAAAUAAAGAGGAUAUUUAAUUUAAAA